AUGGUGAUGGAGCGGCUGGCGGACUUCGUGAGCAAGUCGCUGGAGGGUGGUUCGGCGCCGACGCCGCCGCCGGAACCCGGGGAGCCUGACGUCGACGAGGAGGUGGACAUCACCGCGCUCGAGGACAAGGCGCCGCCGGCUAAGCGGCCGCGAAACUGGCUCAUCUCGCCGCUGCCCCUCAGAACCUGCAAAAAGGAAACCGAUGACGAUGACGACGCGAGACACGACAACUCGGACAAAUCUCCGAACGGGUCUGUGAGCGGCGGAUGCGGCGGCGGCGGGGGCAAGCAGCGGCGGUCGCGCACUAACUUCACGUUGGAGCAGCUAGCUGAGCUGGAACGCCUGUUCGACGAGACGCAUUACCCUGACGCCUUCAUGCGCGAGGAGCUUAGCCAGCGACUUGGUCUUAGCGAAGCUAGGGUACAGGUGUGGUUUCAAAACAGACGCGCCAAAUGCCGGAAACACGAGAGCCAAAUGCACAAAGGUCUCGUCGUGAGCGGCAGCGGGACCCCGCUGGAGCCGUGCCGCGUGGCGCCGUACGUGUCGGUGCCGAGGCUGUCCGGCGUGCCGCGGCCGCAGCCCCCGCAGCUGUCCCUCGCUCCGCACCCCGCGCCGCCCGCCGCCUUCGCCCCGUUCGACUCCGCAAUACUAUCUGCCGCGGCACAUCAGUACGCGAGUGCGGCUGCUGCGGCGGCGGCGGCGCUGUGUCCGCCAUACGCGGGUCUGGCGGCGUUGGCGGCGCGCUGCCGCUCCUCCUCCAUCGCUGACCUGCGGCUGAAGGCGCGACGGCACGCGGCGGCGCUCGCGGCCGCCAGCGCGCCCUCCCCGCCCGCACGCCCCCCACACGCCGCUCACCCCGCUCCGCCGCCCCCCGCACCACCGCCGCCCGCCUCCACGCCGGCUGACGCGUAG